AAUGCCCCAAUUCGUCUUGCUCAUUCACUCUUCUCGGAGCUAAGGUGGCCGGAACCGGAAAAAUGCUAGGUCGUCUCGCGUCCAAGCGUCUUCUCGAGAUCCGGCAAGCUUUCCGGCAAUCACCUCAGGCAGCUCGAUCCUUUUCAACUGCCUUGAACUACCACAUUGAUUCUCCGGAUAACAAUCCUGAGCUUCCAUGGGAGUUCACUGAUAAGAACAAAGAAAAGGUCAGGGAGAUAUUAUCUCAUUAUCCAUCCAAUUACAAGCAAUCUGCAGUUAUUCCUCUUCUAGAUCUUGCACAGCAGCAGCAUGGAGGGUGGCUUCCUGUUUCAGCAAUGAAUGCGGUGGCAAAGAUUAUAGAAGUCGCUCCUAUCCGUGUAUAUGAGGUUGCUACAUUUUAUUCAAUGUUUAAUAGGACAAAGGUUGGAAAGUACCAUCUCUUGGUUUGUGGCACAACACCUUGUAUGAUACGUGGUUCACGUGAAAUUGAAGAGGCUUUACUCAAACACUUGGGAGUUAAGCGCAAUGAAGUAACAAAGGAUGGUCUAUUCUCUGUUGGAGAAAUGGAAUGCAUGGGAUGUUGCGUCAAUGCUCCUAUGAUUACAGUGGCUGAUUACUCCAAUGGGUCUGAAGGAUAUACUUACAAUUACUAUGAAGAUGUUACUCCAGAAAAAGUUGUUGAGAUAGUUGAGAAGUUACGAAGAGGAGAGAAACCACCGCAUGGCACACAAAAUCCAAAGCGAGUCAGGAGUGGACCAGAAGGAGGGAAUGCUACCUUGCUAAGUGAACCCAAACCUCCACCAUGCCGAGAUCUUGAUGCCUGCUAAAAUUUUUCAUGUCAAUGUUACCUCUAAUAAUGCGAAGCAUGGAUGUUGCUAAAGCUUUUCUGUGGUAUAUCUGUAUAUGUUCUUGAAUUUCUCGAGGUCAACCAUUUUGAAUUUUCCUACCAAAAUAUUAUCUGGGAAUGCCAACCUGUUUUAUUUUGCAUUGAAUUGCACCAGAUAAUUGACAGGGAUGUGUUUAGAUAAAAGAAUAGAUCAUACCAUGCCUUAAAUGUGGCAAUGGAACUCAUUGUGAUGUUAAUUCAGAGAAUGAGGUUGGAUUUGGUUCAG